AUGGAUACAAAUGGUCCAGGAGAAUUGGGUAAACCUUUUAAAGUAAAUAAAUCACUGUUAACGCCAGAAGAAAAGUUGGAGUUUGAAGAGGGUUGGAGAAUAAAUAAUUUCAAUGAGUUUGUAAGCAACAAAAUAUCCGUACAGCGAACACUACUGGAUUACAGAGACAAACAAUGCCUCACAGUCAAAUACAGUAAUAAUUUACCGGAAGUCAGCGUGGUGAUUACAUUUCAUAACGAGGCUUGGAGUGUCCUCCUACGCAGUAUCUACAGCAUACUAAAUAGAACACCCCCUUCUCUAUUAAAAGAGGUUAUCCUUGUAGACGAUUUUUCAACUAUGGAGCAUCUUAAGGGUCCAUUAGAAGAGUUUCUGAUUAGAUUUAAGAAAGUUAAAUUAAUUCGAGCCCCUAGGCGACAGGGAUUAACACGAGGGCGUAUCUUAGGUUAUAAAGCAGCAGUUGGAGAAAUUGUCGUAUUUCUUGAUUCUCACAUCGAAUGCACAGAAGGGUGGGUAGAACCCCUGAUAGACCCAAUAGCCAAGAACUGGACUACAGUCAUGACCCCUGUUAUUGACGUCAUAGAUAGCGAUACAUUUCAGUACUCCUUUCUACCUGCUGAGACGACUAGUGUCGGUGGAUUUGAUUGGUCACUGUCUUUUACAUGGCAUGGAAUUCCUGAAUCUGAGAAAAAACGUCGAAAAUAUCAGCACCAUCUGCCAGUCAGGUCACCUACAAUGGCAGGGGGACUAUUCGCCAUCAGCAGAAAAUACUUUGAGUACCUCGGAACCUAUGAUGAAGGCAUGGACAUCUGGGGAGGAGAGAACCUAGAAAUCUCAUUCAGGAUUUGGAUGUGUGGUGGGACACUUCUUACAGCUCCCUGUUCUCAUAUUGGUCAUGUUUUCCGAAAGUCUCCGCCAUACUCGUGGGGGUCAAAGGCCAAUGUUGUGAGAAACAAUAAUGUGCGCAUGGCGGAAGUGUGGCUUGACGAAUUUAAAGAAUAUUUUUACCAACAUAUUAACUACACCCUUGGCGACUAUGGCGACGUCUCAUCACGAAAAUCUCUACGAGAAAGACUAAAGUGUAGAAGUUUUGAUUGGUUCCUUGUCAAUGUAUACCCAGAACUCAUUGUUCCUGCUGAAGCCUUAUAUUCAGGGGAGAUUAGAAGCAAGACACAACCACUGUGUUUAGAAAGUCCUCACAGAUACGGUGACGUUAAUAAACCACUGAAGCUUUUCUAUUGUCACGGACUAAAGGGGAAUCAGGUAAAUGGUUACUACUGUAGGCUAGAAAAGUUAAGUCUUAACAGUUAA